CAAAAGCUGUCUGUCUGUCUGUUUGUCCCCCGCCGCUGCGCACUCACUCUUGACCCCAUCCCUAGCUUCCUGCCUCCAUUCGCACAUUCGACCCUACAUACCUCUCUAUCGACCCGCCAGACACCAUGGCAUCUGAGCCCGAGCACAAGAAGAAGGUCAACUUGGCCGAUGUAUCUGGUGCUGAACCCAAAGACGAAAAUGACACAUCUACGGCUAUUCUAAAGAAGAAGAAGAAGCCCAACCAGCUCAUGGUCACUGAUGCUAUCAAUGAUGACAACUCUAUCAUUGCGCUUUCUAACAACACCAUGGAGCAGCUCCAGCUAUUCCGUGGUGACACAGUCCUUGUUCGAGGCAAAAAAAGGAAGGAUACUGUUCUGAUUGUUCUCGCCGAUGACGAUCUUGAUGAUGGCAGUGCCCGAAUCAACCGAGUUGUCCGACACAAUCUCCGCGUAAAGCACGGUGACAUGAUCACCAUCCACCCUUGUCCUGAUAUCAAAUAUGCCAAGCGAAUCGCUGUCCUUCCCAUCGCAGAUACCGUUGAGGGCAUAACUGGCUCACUGUUCGACGUUUUCCUCGCUCCAUACUUCCGAGAAGCCUACCGUCCCGUUCGCCAGGGCGAUCUAUUCAUUGUUCGUGGCGGUAUGCGGCAGGUGGAGUUUAAGGUCGUUGAGGUCGACCCGCCCGAGUAUGGCAUUGUUGCUCAAGAUACUGUCAUUCACUGUGAGGGCGAGCCGAUCCAGCGUGAGGAAGAGGAGAACAACCUUAACGAAGUCGGCUAUGAUGACAUUGGUGGUUGCCGGAAACAAAUGGCUCAGAUUCGAGAGAUGGUUGAGUUGCCUUUACGUCAUCCUCAGUUGUUCAAAUCCAUUGGUAUCAAGCCGCCGCGAGGUGUUCUGCUCUACGGUCCCCCAGGUACCGGUAAGACGCUUAUGGCGCGAGCAGUUGCCAAUGAAACUGGUGCCUUUUUCUUCCUGAUCAAUGGACCCGAGAUCAUGUCCAAAAUGGCGGGUGAAUCCGAGUCCAAUUUAAGAAAGGCAUUCGAGGAAGCCGAGAAGAAUUCGCCUGCUAUUAUCUUCAUCGAUGAGAUUGAUUCUAUCGCUCCGAAGCGUGAAAAGACUAAUGGCGAGGUAGAGCGUCGUGUUGUUUCCCAGCUUUUAACCCUCAUGGAUGGCAUGAAGGCUCGUUCCAAUGUUGUGGUUAUGGCCGCCACCAACCGGCCCAAUUCUAUUGAUCCUGCUUUACGUCGUUUCGGUCGUUUCGACCGAGAAGUUGACAUUGGCAUCCCCGACCCAACAGGACGUCUUGAAAUUCUCCAGAUUCAUACCAAGAACAUGAAACUUGGCGAUGACGUGGAUCUUGAACAAAUCGCCGCCGAGACACACGGUUAUGUUGGUUCAGAUGUUGCUGCGCUUUGCUCUGAGGCUGCCAUGCAGCAGAUUCGAGAAAAGAUGGACCUUAUUGACCUUGAUGAAGAUACUAUUGAUGCUGAGGUCUUAGACUCACUCGGUGUCACCAUGGAGAACUUCAGGUUUGCCCUUGGUGUCUCUAACCCAUCAGCCCUGCGCGAGGUUGCUGUUGUCGAGGUGCCAAACGUCCGUUGGGAAGAUAUCGGAGGGUUGGAAGGCGUCAAACAGGAUCUCAAGGAAAGUGUGCAAUAUCCUGUCGACCACCCCGAGAAGUUCCUCAAGUUCGGUCUUUCGCCUUCACGUGGUGUCCUCUUCUAUGGCCCUCCCGGUACGGGUAAGACGAUGUUGGCUAAGGCUGUUGCCAAUGAAUGUGCCGCAAAUUUCAUCUCUGUCAAGGGUCCGGAAUUGCUCAGCAUGUGGUUCGGUGAGUCUGAGAGCAACAUUCGAGACAUUUUUGACAAGGCUCGAGCUGCUGCGCCUUGCGUUGUCUUCUUGGAUGAGUUGGAUUCAAUCGCAAAGGCUCGUGGCGGAUCUGUUGGUGAUGCUGGUGGCGCUUCCGACCGUGUUGUCAACCAACUUCUCACGGAAAUGGACGGUAUGACUUCGAAGAAGAACGUCUUCGUUAUUGGUGCGACCAACAGACCUGAACAGCUGGAUCCCGCUCUGUGCCGUCCCGGACGUUUAGAUUCCCUCAUCUACGUGCCUCUUCCCGAUGAGCCCGGUCGUCUCGGCAUUCUCAAGGCUCAGCUCCGCAAAACGCCUGUUGCUGCCGAUGUUGACCUGAACUACAUUGCUUCCAAGACCCACGGCUUCUCCGGUGCCGAUCUUGGUUUCAUUACUCAGCGGGCAGUCAAGAUUGCUAUCAAAGAGUCCAUCACCUUGGAUAUUGAGCGUCAACGUGCGCGCGAGGCCGAAGGAGCUGGAGACAUGGACGUUGAUGACGAGGAGGACCCAGUACCUGAACUUACCAAGCGUCACUUCGAGGAGGCGAUGCAGAUGGCCCGCAGAUCCGUCAAUGACGUCGAAAUUCGUCGGUAUGAGGCCUUUGCACAGCAGAUGAAGAACGCGGGUCCUGGUGCUUUCUUUAAAUUCCCGGGAAGCGAUGGGGCCGCAAACACUGGAGGCGACAGCAACAAUUUCGGUCAAGCCGGCGAUGAUGAUGGUCUAUACGACUAAUCGUAGCGAUGCACCUAUCUCUCUGUGGUGUAUAGGGCGCCACACUUGUACUUUAAUCUCGUUGCAUGCCAUUCACAUAUAAAUAGUGCGAUUUGCCGAGGCUGUCUCUGCCACGGAGACAAACAAAACGCUAGCCCAGGCUCUCUGAUCGCG